UCCCAAUGCCUCUUACUCCAUCACAUUUUUCUGCAUUUGCAUGGUCCCAAUUAUGUCAGCUUUGAUGUUGACUCACCUCCCUAUUUAUUCCAACUCCAUUCUCUCAAAAAAAUGCAAAAUCUCAUUUCAAUCUUCAACUUGAAAAAUGUCUCAUCUAGGCUUUCUUGUUCUAGGAAUUAUUUUCUCCUUGAUCUCAUAUGUUCAUGGCUAUGGUAGAAAUUGGGGUUGGAUUAAUGCACAUGCAACCUUCUAUGGUGGCAGUGAUGCUUCUGGCACAAUGGGUGGUGCAUGUGGAUAUGGAAACUUGUAUAGUCAAGGUUAUGGGACUAAUACAGCAGCACUUAGCACUGCAUUAUUCAACAAUGGUUUGAGUUGUGGUGCAUGCUAUGAAAUUAAAUGUGCUAGUGACCCAAAAUGGUGUCUCCAUGGCUCCAUUGUUGUUACUGCCACUAAUUUCUGUCCACCUGGUGGUUGGUGUGACCCUCCUAAUCACCAUUUUGAUCUCUCUCAACCUGUUUUCCAACACAUUGCUCAAUAUAAAGCUGGUAUUGUUCCUGUUGUUUAUAGAAGGGUAAGGUGUAGAAGAAGAGGUGGAAUAAGGUUCACAAUCAAUGGUCAUUCUUACUUCAAUUUAGUCCUUGUGACUAAUGUUGGAGGCGCUGGUGAUGUGCAUUCUGUAGCAAUUAAAGGUUCAAGGACUAGAUGGCAAGCCAUGUCAAGGAAUUGGGGACAAAAUUGGCAGAGCAACUCUUAUUUGAAUGGACAAAGUCUUUCAUUUGUAGUCACCACUGGUAAUGGUCAUAGUAUUGUGUCAUUUAAUGUUGCCCCACCCAGUUGGUCCUUUGGACAAACCUACACUGGAAGGCAGUUCCUCUACUAACAAACCCUUUAAAUGCAUAUAGUUAAAAAAAAACUAAACUAAGUCAUAGUUAAGGUGUGUGCUGUAUCUGACACAUGUCAGUGAACGGACACUUUAUAUUGAAAGUAUUUAGUAUUCAACAAGUGUUAGUGGCGUGUCUGAUAUCCAACACUUUAUAUUAAAAGUGUGUCUAGUAUUCGACAUGUGUCAAUGGUGUGUCCAACAUUUGAUAUGUUCAAUAUCAAACACCACCGUGACAUCGACAUAUAUAGUUAGAUCCGAUCACUUCUAUUUACUCAAAUGAGUAAUGGUGUCUAUAUGUAUCUACAUCGUCGUUAUCGUAUUCGUAUUUGUGUCAAUGCUUCAUAGGUGUUGAUAUUUGGCACAACUAAAAUGGUGUAGUCUAUAAAA